CAGGAAGUGGGCCCAGUCCCUUGGGCCUCUGGAGACUUGGGUGUUAUCACAGAGUGGCAGAGGGCCACUGGUGGGCACCAUGUCGCUGGCCUCCGCGUACCAGCACAAACUGGCAGAGAAACUGACCAUCCUGAAUGACCGGGGUCGGGGAGUCCUCAUCCGGAUAUACAACAUCAAAAAGACAUGCUCAGACCCCAAAGGGAAGCCGCCCUUCUUCUUGGAGAAAUCCAUGGAGUCGUCGCUCAAAUACAUCAACAAGAAGUUUCCCACCAUCGAUGUCAGAGGCAGCACGCAACACUUGGGCCCUGUGCACCGGGAGAAAGCAGAGAUCAUCAAAUACCUCACUAACUACUACCAGUCAUUUGUGGACGUUAUGGAGUUCCGGGACCACGUAUAUGAGCUUCUCAACACCAUUGACGCCUGCCAGUGUCACUUUGACAUCAACCUUAACUUCGACUUGACUCGGAGUUACCUGGACCUGAUUGUGACCUACACCUCCGUGAUCCUGCUGCUGUCGCGAAUCGACGACCGCCGUAUCCUCAUUGGAGCCUACAACUGUGCCCUUGAGAUGCUGCAGGGGCACAGUGACCCCAGCUUUGCCCGUCUGGGCCAGAUGAUCCUGGAAUAUGAUCACCCACUGAAGAAGCUGACAGAGGAAUUUGGACCCCACACUAAAGCUGUGAGCAGCGCUCUCCUCUCCCUGCACUUCCUGUUCGUCCGCAGGAACCAGGGGGCAGAGCAGUGGCGCAGUGCCCAGCUCCUGAGCCUCAUCAGUGCCCCACCGACUAUGAUCAACCCUGAAAACUCAGAUACGAUAGCCUGUGAGUACCUAUCCGUGGAGGUGAUGGAGCGCUGGAUCAUCAUCGGGUUCCUCCUGUGCCAUGGCUGCCUCAACUCGAACCCACAGUGCCAGGAGUUGUGGAAGCUGGGGCUGCAGGGAUCACUGUUCAUCACCCUCAUCCGUGAAGACGGGCUGCAAGUGCACAAGGUCAUGGAGGAGCUGUUCAGCGGCCUGAAAGGGUAUGGGAAGCGGGUGUCGGAUAUAAAGGAAUGCAAGGAGCAGGCAACCAUCAACAGCGGCCAGUUUCACCGGCAACGGCGGAACUUCCUGCGCAGUGCCGUCAAGGAGCUGGAGAUGGUGUUCACCGACGAGCCUGGACUCUUGGGUCCUAAGGCCCUCUUUGCCUUCCUGGCUCUGUCCUUCAUCCGCGAUGAAGUCAACUGGCUGGUCCGCCACGCUGAGAACGUCACCAAAACCAAGACACCGGAGGAUUUCGUGGAUCCGCACAUAGCGGAGCUGUUGUUGUUACUGGAGGAGAUAAGGAGCCUUGUCCGGAGAUACGCUAACGUGAUCCAGCGUUACCACCUUCAGUACCUGUCCAGGUUCGAUGCCCUUGUGCUUAGUGACAUCAUCCAGAACCUGACCGUGUGCCCCGAGGAGGAAUCAGUCAUCAUGUCGUCAUUCGUCAGCACUUUGUCCUCACUGAACCCCAAGCAGAUCGAGGCUGGGGAGAAGUUUGAUUUCUCAGGGCUGAGGCUGGACUGGUUCCGGCUACAGGCAUAUACCAGUGUGGCCAAGGCACCGCUGCACCUCCAUGAGAACCCUGACUUGGCCAAAAUCAUGAACCUCAUCGUGUUCCACUCCCGCAUGCUGGACUCGGUGGAGGAGAUCCUGGUGGAGACAUCUGACCUGUCCACCUUCUGCUUUCACCCCCGCGUCUUGGAGAAGAUGUUUGCGCUGACACUGGAGGAGCCCUCCAUGCUGUGCCGGGUCAUCGCCUUCCCCCUGAUCUGCUCCCACUUUGCUAACUGCUCCCACGACAUGUGUCCGGAGGAGUACCCCCACCUGAGGAACCAUGCCCUCCACUUCUGUAACUCCUUCCUGGAGGAGCUGGCAAAGCUGACCAGCGACUGUGUCUUGGAGAUCUGUGCAGAGCAACGCAAACUCAGUGAGCAGCUGCUGCCCAAACACUGUGCUACCACCAUCAGUAAGGCCAAGAACAAGAAGGCGAGCAAACAGAAGCAGAUGCCAAAGAAGGGGGAGCCUGAGAGGGACAAGCCUGGGGCUGAGAGCCACAGGAAGAACCGAAGCAUCGUCACCACGAUGGACAAACUGCACCAGACUCUGACGGAGUUGUCCCAGUCCAUGAACCACGCCACCAGCUUCACCGUGUUUGAGCACACGAUCUACCCGUCAGAGUACCUGAGCAGUCACCUGGAGAGCCGGCUCAACAGGGCCAUCGUGUGGCUGGCCGGCUACAAUGCCACCACCCAGGAGAUCGCGCGGCCCUCGGAGGUGCUGGCCGGAGUCAAGGCCUACGUGGGCUUCAUCCAGUCUCUGGCCCAGUUCCUGGGGGCGGACGCCACCCGGGUCAUCCGCAGUGCCCUCCUGCAGCAGACCCAGCCGCUGGACUCGGCCGGCGAGCAGACCAUCACCACGCUCUACACCAACUGGUACCUGGAGAGCUUGCUGAGACAGGCGAGCGGCGGGACCAUCAUCCUCUCCCCGGCUAUUCAGGCCUUCAUGAGCAUCCCUCCGCGUGAGGGCGAGUCCACCUUCAGCGCCGAGGAGUUCUCCGACGUCUCCGAGAUGCGGGCCCUGGCUGAGCUCCUGGGUCCCUAUGGCAUGAAGUUCCUCAGUGAAAACCUGAUGUGGCACGUCACCUCACAGAUCGUGGAGCUGAAGAAGUUGGUGGUGGAGAACAUGGAUGUGCUCGUCCAGAUCCGGUCCAACUUCAGCAAGCCAGAGCUGAUGUCCUCUCUGCUGCCCCGCCUCAAUGCGGCAGAGAACGUGCUGAAACGUAUGACCAUCAUCGGAGUCAUCCUCACCUUCCGCUCCAUGGCCCAGGAGGGGUUGCGGGAGGUGUUUUCAUCUCAUUGCCCCUUCCUCAUGGGCCCCAUUGAGUGUCUGAAGGAGUUUGUCACCCCAGACACCGACAUCAAGGUGACCCUGAGCAUCUUCGAGCUGGCGGCAGCGGCGGGUGUGGGCUGCGACAUUGACCCAGCCCUGGUGGCCGCCAUAGCCAACCUGAAGGCAGAUGGCUCCUCCCCCGAGGAAGAGUACAAAGUGGCCUGCCUCCUUCUCAUCUUCAUCGCAGUCUCCAUCCCAUUCCUGGCAACCGACCCCUCCUCCUUCUUCAACAUCGAAACUGACGGCUUCAGCAACAACAUCCACUGCCUGACCAAGGCCAUCAUCCAGGUGGCUGCCGCCCUCUUCACUCUCCACAACAAGAAUAUCGAGACCCACCUCAAGGAGUUCCUGGUGGUGGCGUCCAUCAGCCUCCUGCAGCUGGGCCAGGAGACGGACAAGCUGAAAUCGAGGAACCGAGAGUCCAUCUCCCUGCUCAUGCGCCUGGUGGUGGAAGAAUCCCCAUUCCUCACCCUGGACAUGCUGGAGUCCUGCUUCCCCUACGUCCUGCUGCGCAAUGCCUACCGAGAGGUCUCCCGGGUCUACCAACUGAGCCGUGUGCCUGCUGCCCACUGAGAGGCCCAUGGUGCCCAUGUCUGCCUGGGGCCCUGCCGAAGGCCAGGAGCCCCCUCCUCCCUCCUCCUCCUCCUCCUCUAUCCUCCCCAGUCUCCUGCUGUGCCCCCACUGUGCCCCUGCUGCUGGGGCCAGGAGAGACAGCCAGGCUUUUCCCCGGGCAUGACCUGACAGCCCGGGGAGGAGCCGGGGAAGAGGGGGCCGAGGGGGCUGGAGGACCAGUUGGACCAAGAUUACAUUUUGGGUCACGGGGGCUAAAAAGAGGGCUGGGAUUUUAGCCAUGGGACUGGGGGUUGGACUGGGGAGGAAAAGAUUUCAAAAAGCGACAGGCUGGAAAGCUGACAUCUUUCCAGACCUGAUUGUAAAUGCUCUGGUCUCAUCAGAGGCCCAGAAUGGGUAAGUCUUGGGAGUCCCACUCAGAAAACUGUAGGGGUCUCUCCCUUUGCCCCUGUUCUGGAAGGCUGGGAGCGUCAGGGGGAGAGGAGAUGGGGGUGGGAACCACUUAGAAAGCAGGCUAGGAAAGAAAGGAAGGGGGAUUAUGGGGAUGCCAGGUGCCCAAAUAGCAAAGUUGGCAUUAAAGGAAUAUCACCUUGUUAUAUUAUUAUAUUGUAUUCUCCCAAACUCUUAGUACAAUGCUCUGCA